AUGCUUUUAAUCGAAGAUUAUUCAAGUUUCGAGUCGGUUGAUGGAGGGAAGGAAAGAAAACGAAUAAGUGAAAACGAAGUUGUUUGACCAAGCACAGAUUCAUAACUAUUCCCUGUGUUCAAUGUUUCACAGAGGAUCAACAUCAAUCUCGUCUCCAAAUUUUUGUUGAUAAAAAAAACAAGACCAUUCGAGUGUAAUUUGAGCUUCGACAAGGUCGUCAAGAAUCAUAUUACGCUCGCUUUCUUCAAUUAUAUUGUCAAUAGAUUAAAUACACUGGUGCGUUUUCUCUGUGAAGCUACGUUCUUAUAUUUAUGAACGAAAGAAGAAUAGACGAUCAGUAAUGCUGCUCUCUGCAUUUCGUGUUACGUCUCGUGGUUUAAAAACUCAAAAACAUGGCAUUAAAUUAUGUCGAACGUUUGCAACACACGCCAAACGAAGUCCACAAGAAGAAGAGGAUAUUGUGAAAGAGAAUUGGAAACGGCGAGUAGAAUUAGCAACGGCUUAUCGUGCAUUUGAAAAAUAUAACAUGCACGAAGGAGUGUGCAAUCAUCUGACCGCCAAAGCUCCCUCUCUCCACCAGAGUGAUCCGAUUAUAUUAAUUAUUCCUUAUGGUUUGUAUUGGGCGGAUGUAACGCCUGAAUGUUUAGUAGGUAUAAAUAUAGACACAUCUGAGUUGGUAGAAGGAGUCGAAUUACCUGAUAUCACAGCACAUAGUAUACACAGAGGGAUUUAUCGUCACCGCCCAGAUGUAAACAGCGUGAUGCACACUCAUGCUAGAUACGCCACCGCCCUUUCCACACUUCAGGAUCCUGAAAUCAAAAUGGUGCAUCAGAACAGUGCAAGGUUUGUCAAGAACGUCGCAUACGAUGUUGAAUAUGAUGGUAUAGCGUUUGAUGGCGCUAAUGACGAAUCAGAGCGUCUUGGUCAAGCUAUUGGCGACAAAGAUGUCUUACUGAUGGGCAACCAUGGGUUUGCAACUGCAGGCAAAACAGUUGCACAAGCCUUUGAUCUUCACUAUUAUUUCGAGAAAGCGGCAGAGGUGCAAAUGCUGGCAUAUAUGACACAAAAACCAAUAAGGCUUUUAUCCCCAAAAGCAGUGGAAUCCGUGCUAAAAGUGAUAGAAGACAACUGUUUGUUUUAUGCUCAGGGACAUUUAGAAGGAAUGACGAAAACGCUAAUGAAAGAAGAUCCAAAUUUUAUUAAAAAAUAAAUUGGGAAAUGCGUUUGAUAAAACAAAGAGGAAACAGCGAAAACAUUGUGUAGCUAUAUUUCUUAUCCCUAAAUCCCAAGAAUAAACAGUUAUGGUGACACGAGAUAAAACUCAUCACAUUCUUGUCGAGAGUUGUUCUACAGAAUCAUUAUUCUUAUAUUCUUAUUCACAGAUGUUCUUUUAUAAAAAAGUCUAUUUCCGAA